AUGGCAUUCGAGCCGCUCCGCGGCUCAUGUUCUUGUGGUCGAAUUGCAUAUCAAAUCAAUAUUCCGGAUGAUGUGACAGACCAUGCCGAAGUGUACUUCGACAGCGGCCGAGACAACCGUCGAUUUCAUGGCACGCCUCUUGCGGCAUGGCUGCGGGUGCCUCUCGAGUGGUAUCAAUCUCACACUCAGUCCUUCUUCCCGGAUGAAUCACACGCUUCCAUCCGCCGAAGUUUCUCGCCUCGCCAUGCACCCCAGACCAAGCGUGUGUUUUGUGGCUUCUGUGGUACACCCUUGACGUUCUGGACAGAAGAACCAUUGGAAGAAUCCAACUUCAUGUCUAUUGCGAUUGGAAGCUUGUUUUCGGAGGACCAGCGUAUACUGGAUGACCUGAACUUACUGCCUGAAGAUCUCGAUGAGGAAGUUCCUGGUGCGAACGUCUCGGUCUCGUCUGCUCUAGCACCAGCCUCGGAGACUGCUUCAUCUUCAAUCAUUGUGCCAUCUUUGAGUGGUUUCUCUGAUAUCUCAAGAAGUCUACAGCAUGACAGAACCGGUGGUAUUCCCUGGUUCGAGGAGAUGGUAGAAGGCAGUCGGUUAGGUCGUUUGAUGCGUUCUCGGCGUGGCAUGGGAGUCAGCGACGACCAAUCAACUACAAUACAGUGGGAAUUUAGUGAGUGGCAUGAUGAUGGAACUGGCAAUUUCGUGCAGCAAGAUUCGGACUCGAGCGGACAAUCUGGGGGGAAGAGGAAGCGUGCGAGUCAGGCAGACGUUGAGGCUGAAUCUCGAUCAAAGCGAGCUGAGUAA